AAAUGCAGCCCGCACUUCCUACAGAAUUUAAACACACACUCUCACUYCGGCUCUGAAAACCACCCCUCCACAACAGGCAGGACCUGCUCCCACACAAAGCUCAGCUUGCAGCACAGCGAGGAGGCAAUGAGAAGCAGAGUGUGGUUUCCUCUAACGGGRCUGCUGGCUUGGCUAUGCUGCCUUCGUCUGGGACMMGUUCAGGGGGAGAAGGUGCUGGUUAUGCCCGUGGAYGGCAGCCACUGGCUCAGCAUGAAGAUUCUGGUGAAGGAGCUCGGCCGCAGAGGYCACRAKGUCACGGUGCUGGUGCCUGAAAGCAGCAUGUUGAUCCAAGGUUCUGACAGCUACAAGACGGAGGUCUACAAAGUGCCGUAUACUCAAGCUGAACUGGAUAAGAACUUCAACAAGCUCAGGGAAGGACUGUUUGACCAGCAGCCAGGAUUAGCAGAUUUAUUUGUGAAUGUGGACCGUUUGGUGAAGUUUACGUCUCUACAGUCUGAGGGCUGCGAGGCUUUACUGGACAAUGAGCCUUUGAUAACUGAACUUGGGAGAGAGGGAUUUGAUAUGGUGCUUACAGAUCCCUUCCUUCCCUGUGGUUCUAUCCUAGCUCGUAUUUUUUCCAUUCCUGCUGUGUACUUUCUGCGUGGGCUUCCCUGUGAGCUGGAUAUCAAAGCUAACAAGUGUCCCUCUCCUGUUUCCUAYGUUCCUAAGUUUUUCUCUGGUAACACAGACCGUAUGAGCUUCCCAGARAGGGUUAAAAACAUGAUGAUGUCUUUUUUGGAGUCAUACAUAUGCACGGUCUUGUACCAACACUUUGAUGAGCUGGUUAGCAAGCGCAUCCAAGAUGGCAUGUCAUACAAAGAACUAAUAAGUGAAGGAGCUAUCUGGCUCCUCAGAUAUGACUUUGUUUUUGACUGGCCCAAACCUCUCAUGCCAAACAUGGUUCUAAUAGGWGGGAUCAACUGUGCAAAGACGGCUCCUCUUCCAGCUGACCUGAAGGAAUUUGUAGAUGCUUCAGGAGACGAUGGCUUCAUUGUCUUUACGCUGGGCUCAAUGGUGUCCGACAUGCCUGAAGCUAAAGCCAAGCAGUUCUUUGAUGCCUUCCGACAAAUUCCUCACAGGGUGAUUUGGAGGUACACAGGUGAAAUACCCAAAGAUGUACCCAAGAACGUUAAACUUAUGAAAUGGUUACCUCAGAACGAUCUUCUAGGUGUGUUUGGGGAGAAGGUGCUGGUUUUCCCUGCGGAUGGCAGCCAGUGGCUCAGCAUGAAGAUUCUGGUGAAGGAGCUCGGUCGCAGAGGUCACGAUGUCACGGUGCUGGUGCCUGAAAGCAGCAUGUUGAUCCAAGGUUCUGACAGCUACAAGACGGAGGUCUACAAAAAAGUUAUCUAUGACAAAGGAUACAAAGAGCGCAUGGUGGAGCUGUCUCAGAUCCAUCUGGACCGCCCUGUUGAGCCUUUGGACCUGGCUGUUUUCUGGUCUGAGUUUGUAAUGAGACACAAGGGAGCAUCACAUCUAAGGGUGGCUGCACAUGACUUGAACUGGUUUCAGUACCACAGCCUGGAUGUUAUCGGCUUUUUGCUUUUUGUUUUUGUCGCCGUUUUGUGGGUGACUCUGAAAUCCUGUUUGUUUUGCACUCGCAAGUGUUGCGGGAAGAGAGGUGCAAAAAAAAAAUCUGAGUAGUGUCUGCCAUGAAGUAAAUAGUUUGAACACUGCCACUGUGUACUGUAAAGUGUAUAUAUGUGAUUUGCCAGAAUACACUUUUUGUUUUAAAUUAAUCUGAAUAAAAUUGAUAAAACUUAUUGUUUGAAUAAGUUUUAUAUUAUUUUCUUUAUUAUUUUCUUUGAGUUUGAUAGCUUACCCUGCCCCUUGUGAAAGAAUAUACAAAUAUAUGCAUUAGGAUGAAUUUCUUGAACUGGUUCUGAGAGUUUAAGAUGUUCUGUUUCAUAGGAAUGCUGGUGUAAUGGAUUAUAAAGCACUUUUGUAACAGCUGUCAUGUUUUAUGUAUAUACAGAUCAUACAAAGUCUUUACAUGUAUUGCUUCCUCUGCAGCAAAUUUGUAAAGAAGCUUGAAACAAAUUACCUAGAUUACUGUCCAGCCACAUUUGUCAAUGAUCCAUUUUUCAAAAUAAAAUUUAUUGUUGCACUGA